AUGACCGAGGAAACACAACAAUCUGAGACAGCCGCACAAAAUGAGGCGCAAACUAGUUCUCCAGAUGUUGGAAAAGUUAAAGAUACUAAAAAAGAAAAAUGCCGGCCUAUGACAAAGGUAGUAAUACGAAGAUUACCUCCAACUAUGACUCAGGAACAAUUUCUAGAACAAGUUUCCCCAUUGCCGGAACAUGACUAUCUUUAUUUUGUAAAAGCUGAUAUGUCUAUGGGACAAUAUGCCUUUUCUCGAGUAUAUAUUAAUUUUGUUGAGCAACAGGACAUUUUUAUGUUCAGAGAAAAAUUUGACAAUUAUGUAUUUGUUGACUCCAAAGGCAUAGAAUAUCCAGCAGUAGUAGAGUUUGCACCUUUUCAAAGGUUACCAAAGAAAAGAGUAGGAAAGAAAAAAGAUUUAAAAUGUGGUACUAUAGAAUCAGAUCCUUAUUAUAUAAGUUUCUUAGAAAGUCUUAAAAAUCAAGAAGCUGAGUCUAAUAUUGCACAGCCAAAAACAGAGUACUCUUAUCAACCAUCAGAUAAUACACCAAAAAGAGUUACAACCACACCUCUUUUGGAAUAUUUAAAACAACGGAAACAAGAAAAGCAACGUCUUAGAGAUGAGAAGCGACGAAGGGAUUUAGAAAGGAGAAGGACAAAAGAAGAUCCUAUUAUAUCUAAGGUAUUGAAAAAUCCAGAUCUUGAUAAAGAAAUGUGUAAAGAUAAUAAGGAAAAUAGGGAGGAAAAGGAUAAACUUUCGCCCAAAGACAUAAAAAAUCGUAUUAAAAAAGAAGAUAAAUUACGUGAAAAGGUACCGCGUGAUCGAGAUUCUAAGUCAAUAACAAAAGGAUACAGGGAUAGAAUUGAAGAUGCGAACAAGGACAGAGAUAUAAAACAUCAAAGACGACAUGAGGAUAAGAAAAUAUAUGGAAGGCGUGAUGAAAGAGAUGGUAUGAGAGAUGAUAGAAAAUAUGAUUUUAAGGAAGAUGUUAAAGAUUCUAGGGAACGAAAGAUUGAAGAGAAACGAGGUAAAAGUUAUGAAAAAAUGAGACAAGAAAAAAAAAGACUUGCAGAAACCAAAAAGCAAAUUAUAGAACUUACUGUUGAUUCUGAAAAUACUGCAAAAUCAAGAAAUGAAGAUGAAGAAUUCCAAAAAAAGGAAUAUCAAGUUGAUUUGUAUGAGAAUGUUAAGGAAAGAGAAGAACCUAUGAGUGAUAAAAAUGAUGUUGAAAUCAAUAAAGGAAAGGAAAAACAGGAAAUUAAUGAAAGAAAGGUUUUAAUAGAGGAUUCUGUACAAGAUCCUGAGAUGAAGGAACAAAAAAGAUCAGAGGCUGUAUUAACAGUUAUUGAAAAUAAUAAAGAUACUGAAAAAUCAAAAUCCAAUGAAAAUAUUAAUAAAGAAGGUAAUGAGGAUAAUGAAUCUGAAGAAAAGAAGGAUUCAAAAAUCACAAAGAGGCGUAGUUCACUUGAAAGUGGGGGAGAAGGUGGUACAGGGGAUGGAAAUUGUUUAAGACGACACAAAUCUUUAGAUGGUGGAGAUCAAAAUAACCUACAAAAGACUGAAAGUGAAGAUAAGGAAAAAGAUAAAAAAGACCCACGACUAGAACGUAGAAUUAGAAACAAGGAUCGUCCUGCCAUGGAAAUUUAUCGCCCUGGAAUGGGAAAAUUUAGCAAACAAAGAUUGGAACGAGAAAAAUCUAAUAUUAAUGACGAGCGAGCAUCUCUUUCGCAAAGUCCUACUCCAAACCCUAAUACUUCUACUCUUUGUAAAUCAGGAAAACCUGGAACAGAAGUACGUUCAAUGACGUUUAAACGUAGUGUUAGUCGUGAUUUGGUAUAA